UUCAGCAUUGAGAAGACUCGAAGAGAGGCUCAUUUUGCAAAUCUAGCGUUAUCUUAUCUUGCCAGAAUCUCGUCAGAAAUUUGCAUCGCGAGGAAGCAACUCGAAUUAGUUUCCUUGAGCGGGAAUACCGAGUUAUUUCGCGAUUACCUCAUAGAUCGUAAAUGGAACACAGAUUACCGAUCUUUCGCGAAACGAUGUUAGCUUCGUUUAAAAGAAGAAGAAGAAGAAAAAAGGAAUCGCUACGUAACUGGAAUUGAAGUCGCUCUUCCAUUAAAACGAAUACCGAUACGUUACGACGAUAAACCGAUUCUCGCCGCAAUAACAACGCGUAUUCGUGCCAUUGAAACCGCUUAAACAACGCCUUCUUUACGAAAAAUACCAACCCCAAUAUACAUAUAUAUAUAUGUAUACGAUGAUUGUUCUCGAAACGCAGCGACGCGUUUGACAACACGUUUCGAAAGCCACUUAAACACCGAUAACGACGAAUCUGCCCCACCUAUAGUUUCAACUCUAUUCACCGAAACUUUUCUCCGUCGAAUCCAUUGAUUAACCCUUUCGUUACUACGAAAUAGUAAGAUAUCGCAUGUCGUACGUAUGUAUGGGUUACAUCUUUCCCUGGAAAUGCAGCAUCGGUGUUUUUACGGUUAUUUCUCACGAGAUUCCUCGAUAAUAAAAAUCGCCGUACGAAAGGGUUAAGUGGAAUCGUUUCCUCUUCUUUCCACGAGGAGGCUCGUGAUGGGGGAGGAAGGAGCGAGACACGAUUAGGAUUUAGGGAAGGAUAGGAUCGCUAUACGAUUAUACGCUGUUCGAACGAACCGAGUUAACGUUUACGAAGCCUGGAUCCUCGCCCGCCCAUUUGAAUAAUCGCGAUGAUUUCUGGGUGUCGGGGCUUGGACGGUGAGAAUUAAUUACGAGGCGAUCGAAUCGAAGUAGUUUAUCGCGGAUUAUCCGGCUGAUGAAUUCUGCAGAGUGGAUGGAUGAAAUUAAAUUUGCAGGAUGAAAUAAAUGCAGGCAGAACGAACAAUUUUCUCUCUCGUUAAAUUCGAGACCUUGCGCAACCUUCGUUGCGACGUACGUCGAAGGAGAGGCUCGAUUAAAUUCGUUUCUUUCUACGCGGCAGGGAAAAAGUGGUGGACGAUCAAUUACGUCGUUUCGAUCGAAAUAACCAAUUGAUGGAAUCGAAGCUGAGAUGACUCGGUGUAAUUCGGCCAGGGAGGAAGUUUCUUAUUCCGUUUCCGGAAUACUAUUUUUCAGAUAUCGACGUGCAUAGUAAUUUCUCAAUUAAUUUUGAUUCUAAUCUUAAUAUCGAAUUCGGUGAUGCGAUAAUAACGUUUCUUUGCGUUUUCGCGAUAGAACGCGGAAGAUAGUUCGCUUGAAACGAAAGGAGGGAAGUAAAAUUGUAAGAAAAUAAUUGUUGCAAAUUAAAUGGCCGUCGCCGAACGGUGUAGAAGAAGAGAAAUUUUGUAAUAAUAAGACGAUCGAUUCGAGGUUAGUCGGAAUCUGAAAAGUGUUAUCGUUGUGUUGUACCACGAUCUGAUAAUGAUUGUUUACACUCGAAGGAAAUAUAAUUUUUGUCACUGAACUCUAUCUCAUCCUCCCUGAUAAUGAGAAGCGCAUGACUGUCCGUCAACUCGUGCGAUUGGAAACAACUCCGUACUUCGGCCUUAUUUCGAACGCGAAAAAAUCGGAGAUAAAAAAAGGAAAAGUAGUAAUAAUUCGAGUUGAAACUCGAUAACUUGUUACAAUCUUCGAUACAUUUCCAUUUCUCAGAUGCGAAAUAUAGUAUUCUCUCGCCGCGAGAGAACGAAAUCGAAACGAAUCGAAAAGUUAAAUUCUCGAAAGAAUAAAAGAAGAAGAAAAAAGAAUUCUUUUUUCUGUCCGUUGUCAAGUAAUAAAACGGGACAUUUAACGAGGUCUUGUGACUCGAGGCCACUCGAAGAAACAAACUAUUCCGUUUAUCGCCGUUUAUCGCGUAAACGCUCCUUCGAUAUUUUCGCGAUUAGGCUUAGUAUCGAUUCUAACCGAUUCGAUAGUUGGGAAGCGCAUGACGAGCGGUUGCUUGCUCGAGCAUCGCUGACUGAUUCACGCGCGAUAGCACGCGUAACAUUUCGCUGCUUAAUAAUUAUCCCCCGAUAAUCGACGCAAUUAAUCUAAACGCGGUGCGAGAGAUGCUUCUCUCCAGGGAGACGGAGAUAGGUUAUCGCCGGUUUAUUAACGAAAUCGAUACCGUCGAAAAACCGCCGUUCAAUCGACGCGAAAGCGCUUUUCCACCUCGAUCCAGUUCGAUGCUUUUGCUUUUUUUUUUUAUCGGCCAGGCUCGAGAACAAAGGGUUCGAGGAUCGGAGAGAGAGAGAGAGAGAAAGAGCAGAGGAUUCGAAAGGGGAACGUCUCUUAAGUGGUGAUCCAUCGAUGGAUUGGUUCUUAGGGGGUUUAACUGUGUUUGAUUUCGUAAGGCGAUAGGUUUUUUCUUUACAAUUUCCAGUAUAUCCAAAAACAGAAAUAUUUUUAACAUUUUGAACGAUUUAAUUUUUUCUCUAAUCUUAAUAAGAAAAUUUGCACGUUUCAAGAAGAUUUGAUUUUUAGCGAAAAUUUUCCUCGCGUAUGCGGAACAAAUUGAACGUAAUUUAUUUUCUCGACGAAGAAUCUCGAUUCUCGAAUUUUUCCUGCUUCGACUGGAAAUUAUUUUUUUAUAAAAUAAAAUAAUCCGUUACGUGGUCUACGUGUGAAAUUAUUUUCGUGUUUUUGAUAACGCAACUUAUUAUUGCUCGAAUUCGCAUUUUCGACGAACAUCGUAUACGGUAUCGCGUUUCAUUCUCUUAGAAACCUGGACCAAUACCUUUCCAACGAGCACACGUUCCUCCCCAACGACUCGAUUCGAGCAUCGAGUAAAAUUAUCAAUGUCGACCGAGUAAAAUUGUCGACGUACGCUCGACAGAAACAAUUCGAAUACGAUACAACCAUAAUUCACCUUGGUGGAUGAAUCGGUAUGUAAAUAAACGCAAUAACCUUUCGAACGAAAUUCACGACACAUUCGAGUCGUCCCUUGCCAGUAUCCGGGAAGAUACGCCACGGUGAAGAUCGAGUGGAACGUUUGGCGUGCCAAUUAUAUCAUGAGUGUGAAAAAGUGUUUUUCCUUUCGCCUCGACCGAGAAAUUUCUAUUAUUGUAUUCGCGUUGUCUCUUAUAUCGAUCAAUCAAUUUUUAUUUCGAAAUUGCGCCUUCUUUCGAAAAUUACGAUCGUAAAUGCGACGAGGGGAAUAAUUUCAACUCAUAAUCGAGUAUCAUAAUUUCCCAAUUAAAAUUUAAAAGCGAUGUGAUAGGAAUGGAUGAAAAUUUCUCGAUAUUUUUAUUUUCUAACACAUUUUGCAAGAAAUCUAAGAGAGAGAGGGAAAGAGAGAGAGAGAGGAAAGGUGAAACGGUAGAUUUUGAAAGAUUCGAGGUGAGAUUAUUUCGACGUUUCCAUCAGGGAUUUCGGAUCGAAGCAUGAUUUUAGCGUGCGUUAAACUAGAAGAGGAGGUUUUGUAAGUCGCCGAUUUCAAACAUCUGUUCUCAAAAACAGGGAAGAGAAUUUUGAUUUUGAUUAUUAAUUAUGAACGUUUAUUAUACGUAAUUAAAAAAUCGGAUCGAAACGGAUCAUUUCUAAAAAGAGGAAAUUUCUUUUGGUGGAAAUAUACUCGCGUCGUCGGAAAAUAUGAUAGCUUAUCGACACUCGAGAAAGUAGCACAUUGUUUGACGAUCAGUUAUCUAAUUACAUCGUAUUACGUUGUGAUUUAUAUCUAGUUGAGAAGUUGAAUUAAAAAAAAGGAGCGAGUUCAAAGAAGCGAAAAGAGAUGAUAAGAAAAAAUAAAGAAGAAAAAAAAAAAAAGAAAGAAAAUAGAGACGAUCAAAUCGAAUUAUACAUUAAUGCGUGUUUACAUCGGUGCGAAAGAUAGAAAAAUACGUUCGUCGUUAAUUAACUUAUUGCACACACGACGAGACGUUCGUAUUAAAAAUUAGAUCGAAAGAACGAUAUUUGUCACGAUACUCGACGCGCAAGGAAUAAAGCGUGUAUAUAACAGAGAUUGUAAAUAUUGAUGAUACUCUUCCGUAUCUUUCUAUCAUUUUCAUGUAAUAAAAAAAACUCGUUGCUUCCAAACUUUUUUACCUUCGAAUAAAAAUAUUAUUCGCUGUUAGAAAGAAUUAAAUUUUGACAUAUUUUACGAAAAAGUAAUUAUUCCCAAAAAUCGAAAUAUAAUCCUCUCAAUGAUUUUAAUCUCUACUUCAUUUUCGAUUACAAUCUCUCUCUCUCUCCCUCUCUCUCUCGACAAAUUUAAUUCCUAUUCGUCCAUUUUCGAUUGCAAUUUUUCCCUCUGAAAAUAUUUCGGUUCUUAAUCGCCCGAUAUUUCAAAUAUUUCGACAAUACCGUUCCCUUCGAAAUGGGGGAUCAAAGGGAAAAAGAAAAGGAAAAGAAGAGGGUCGAGAUAGCGCAACUCCUCCUGUUCAGACGCUCGUUCUUCAAUUUAUGAUCCGUCCGCUCUGGUAUUCUCGCGGAUCUUGGUUAAACGAUCGCGGUUCGUGGUCACGAUCCGCAAGGGGCACAGGUCGGUCGGGUUAGGCCCGAAUAGGCCGUGAAUGAGGUGUCCAGCUGUGCCCAUCCUGUGCAAACGCGGUACAACAAUUGUCGUAGACACAGGCGGUACGAAUGUGUGCGCGUGUGUCCCUCCUUGGUGCGUUACACCACUUUUUACCAGCCCCACCAUUCGCAUAAACACACCGCCGUAAAGCGGCGAACACUUUGCAGCGUUUAGUCGCUAGUUAACCGUGCUCGUUUCGCGGUAUUCGUUUCCGUGCGCCGUUCCGUGGUCGACGCCGCUCUCAUAUUCUCGGGUUCACGGCAGAGUUCGGAGGUGAGGAUUUUAAGAAAGAGGAGAAGAAGCGUGGGAAAAGUGCGGAAGAAAAUGGAUGACGGAUCUGUGCGGUGCGAUUCGACGCCGAUGAACGAGAAGGUAUAGGAGGGGGGAGAGAGAGAGUAACGAGGAUACUUGUUUCGUUUCGUUUUCUUCUUCUUUUUCUUUCUCUCGCGCGCGGGAAUAAACCUUAGAGCAAAUACAGACAGUUGGCGAUUGGUGAGAAAACGUACGAUAACGCGCGAACGAUGACGUUUACGAUGUCGCGGAGGUCGUAGAAUUUUUUACUUCUUUUCUUUUCUCUUUUCAAACGAAGGGAAAAAGUCGGUGUUCGGUGACGCGCGAUACGUAAUAAAUAUAGUACAAAUAAAUACGUGAUAUAAAGGAGCAAAUCGGUCGAUCCCACUUGGAAUUGUAUUCCAUCGCAUCACCAAAUUUUCAAUGAAAAUCGUCUCUCCAUUUCUCUGCCGCACCGCGAUCGAUCGAAAAAGAUAGAGUGGAGGAAGAAGUUGGAAUCCGAACGAAGGAAGCUCCGGGCGCGUCGGUGGAUGAUCGACGCGGCUGGUAAAAGCGGGUCAAGGUGGGAUCGCGAAGGAGGAAGAUCCGGCCGAGGUGUAGGCGCGCUGAUCCCCCCCUCCACGCUCCCCACUCCCCACUCACCGGCUGGGAAAACAAAUCGUCACGCGACGAUCUCGACCAUCAUCGGGCCGCUAUCGGGCCGCGUGAUCGACCGAUCAUCGGCGGGGGAUCAUCGGAGUUUCCACUUUCUCGGAGUCAUCGUCACGGGAUCGCUCACGGCGCGCUGUCAACGAUCGAAACGGGAGAUCGAACCGCGAUCGCCAGUCAAUCGUGGAAACCUGAUCCCGCGCGACUAGCCUCCUCUUCUCGCUCUUUCUUUCUUUCGCGGUUCCCGUCCGUGCGUUCGUCGAGUUGUCUGGUGAUCGUUCUUUCUUUCUUUCUUUUUUCCUCGAAAGAGAAGAGACAUUUCCAACUCCGACUUGCACGUGGUGCGUGUACAUGGAUUCGAGCUGGCUCGAGAACACGUCGAAUCGCACCACCUGCCUACCGCCACCAUCCCUUGGAGCGGCGAAAUCCGGGGCUUUUCGCGAAACGUCGUGACCCGUAUCGACCGAUGCCGCGUGAUCGUCGUUUCGAGCAUCGAUCUUCCGUCUCCAUCUUCGGCUAGACGCGACUCGAUCCAGUGGUUGGUAUCGAGUUUCGAUAAAAUCGAUUCUUCUCUCUCCCUCUGUGGAAACGAAGAGGCGCACGGACGUCGAAUCGGCGCGUAAACACGCGAUCUUGGCUAGGUCGUAUCCAACCUCCGCCCCGGUUAUCUGGAGGAAGGAAGGGCGGCGAGAUAUGGACACGGACAUGAGCGGAAGGACGAACAGGUCGAGCGAGGAAUUGGCCAAGAGGCGCGUCUCCAUUAGCGAUCAGAUACUCGGCAUGGAUAAUCCGACGUUCGAUCAUCAUCGGCGCAUAAGCGCGAGCUCGGAGCAUAACUCGGAUCAGGGACGUGGCAAAUCGAUAUUGCAGCACGGAGGGAGCAACUACGGCAGCUCGGAGAAUAUACCGCAGCACAAGUUCGAUCUCGAGAACGGGAGGAUCAACGGGAGCAGGAAGAAGUCCGCGUACAGCUUGACCAGCUCCAUCAGGGACAAGAUCGAGUACUCGGAGGAGCUGGAACGGUCGUGGUUGUACCUGUUUUGCACGCGAUGCCACGGUCGCGACGACACUCCAUCAUGGGAGCCACCCGGUUGGAGGAAAGCCUGUCCCCAACCGUUUUGCCCGAGCUACAGAAAAUUCGCCCGGCUGUUGUGCCUGUUCCUGUUAGGCCUGUUGCUGUGGGGCAUCGUGUACACGAUACUCGGGGAGGACGCCGCCCCGGGCGGCCAGCUUUUCGGCCUCGCCGUCCUCUGCCUCGCGGCUCACUUCGGGGGAUGGCUCUUCUCCUUGACCACCCUUCCCGCCCUGAUCGGUAUGCUCAUCACGGGGAUCGUGAUGCAGAACAUCGGCAUGGUGAGCAUCGACAGAAACUACAACAUCGUCAUCUCCAAUUUGCGGAAAAUCGCUCUAGUCAUUAUCCUCACGAGAGCCGGUUUGGAUCUGGAUCCGAACGCCUUGAAAAGAUUGAAGAUCACGGUCCCGAAACUCGGCCUAAUACCGUGGCUGAUCGAGGCGUUUGUCAUAGCCAUACUCACCAAGUAUCUUCUUGAUUUGCCCUGGAUAUGGGGUUUUUUCCUCGGAAGUGUGAUAGCCGCCGUUUCGCCGGCGGUUGUGGUGCCUUGCCUCUUCAGGUUACGUUCCAAGGGCUACGGCGUUGCCAAGGGCAUCCCAACUCUGAUCAUCGCCGUGUCUGGAAUCGAUGACGCAGCAUCAGUGGCGAUCCACGGAAUUAUACAGAGCAUUAUGUUCUUCCCGAACGCGAUACUCUGGUAUCAAAUCCUGCAGGGACCUAUCGCCAUCGUUGGAGGUCUCGGAUUCGGCGUCCUAUGGGGUUGGUUGGCCAAGUACGUUCCGGAAAAAGGAGACCCCUUUAUGGUGCCCAUGAGAGUGUUGAUGUUGUUAGGGGGUGGAUUGUUGGCAGUGUUUGGAAGCGAGGCGAUUGAGCUAGGAGGUGCCGGACCUUUGGCAGUGGUUGCAGCCGCCUUUAUUAGCUGCUAUUUCUGGCAGAAACAAGGCUGGGAAGUCGACGACAACCCGGUGGCGACAGCGUUCGAGAUCUUCUGGAUGAUCUUCGAGCCGAUCCUGUUCGGCGUUACGGGCGCCCAAAUCAAGAUCGACGAAUUGGAGGGGAAGACGGUUUACCUGGGCGUAAGCUGCCUACUUGCCGGCAUAGUGAUCCGCGUGGUGGCCACCGUCCUGGUCGGCGUAGGCUCCAACUUGAACCUGAAGGAGAAAAUAUUCAUCGCCUUGUCCUGGAUGGCGAAGGCCACGGUCCAGGCCGCCCUCGGGCCCACGGCUCUCGACAAGGUCGACUCGAACGACCCUUUGCAGGUCUACUACGCCGAGACCGUGAUGACCAUAUGCGUUCUAUCCAUCUUGCUCACGGCCCCCGCCGGUGCCAUCAUAAUCACUCUCUCCGGCCCGAAACUUCUCACCAAGACCACGGCGCCCGUCGCGCCGCCCGAGGGCUGGAAGGCGCGCAGACCCUCGAUUCGAGACAUUUCCAUCAUCAACGAGGACCCGGACCUCGAGGAGACCGCAAACGAGAGGAAGCCUUGAGGCGUUUCCGUGUCCCGCCUCGUUGGCUCGCCCCCUCUCACCUCCUCCGCGUGGGGAUACGAAUCGAAGUAACGAACGAGAAUUUCGACCGAGAGGAUUUGCGUUUUAUCCGACUUCUGUAUCUCGUAUACCCGAAUAUACGUCCCUCGAUUUAUGGAUGCUCUCGCAGCAGGGGUGGAUGUGCACUCCUUGAGGAGAUGAAGCGAUGCGUUGCUUGGGAGGAUCGAAACAAACGUGCGAAUUGGUGGAGACUCGAGUCGAGCGAGAGGAAUUUCUUCGAGGAGAUGCGAGGUCGAAUUCUGAUUCGUUGCUUGGUAACUUCGUAGAGGUGAAGUUCGUAGGGUAGUUAUAGUUUUUUGUGUGCGCGCGUGUGUCUAGGAACGAACGAGAAUCGACAAAAGUUACUUCGUUGCAUGCUUCGUGGAAUAGAAAUGCGCGAGCCAUUUUAUUUCGAAAUUCUUCUCAUUCCGUGGCAAUGAUUAAUUGUUAUCGAUCAUUUUUCGAUCGAAGAGAACCCUUUUUUCCAAACGAACGUUUUGCGUAAUUCUCGUAAUCGUGGUUAAUUUCUUGUUUUAUUUUUAUUUGAAUUACAUCAUACGUUCGCCGGCUGAUGUCUUGAUGACGUUCCACAGUGGUGAGUUAUGCGUGGAGUACCUCGACGAGUAAUUGAACAAUUUAUCGGUACGCUUCGUUUUCGAGAUGAGAAACGUUGCCCCGGCCGAGGAGGGAUGGCUCGUUCACUCUGGCUCUUGCAAACGAUUCGAAAUGAUUCGGAUGAAAUAUAUCUUACGUCGUUUCUCGACCGAUUCGAAGAAGAUUAGAUCUGGUUAAAAGUUAAAAAAGUUAUUUUUUUCCUUUUUUUUUAAACACAACGAUCAAGUCAUUUCUGACAUGAGAAAAUUGUAUCUUGCAUCGCGUAAUUUUGACGAGAUGAUUUAUCUUCUUAAUAUAUGUAAUAUACGAAUGUCGAAAUUAUAUAUAUAUAUAUAUAUAGAUAUGUGUGUGUAUAUAAAGGAGUAUGUAAGAGAAUUAAACAAAGACUGUCAUGAUUUGAUAAGUUCGAUCAUCGAUGAAGUUUCUCGACGUUCAAGAAUUUUGUUGUUCGAUUAUGGGGAAAAGAAAGAUCGAAUGUUCGUGAGAAUUAUUUUGUAGGAUAAUUGUUAUUAGUCCCAAUUGUUGCUAAGGUACGACUUACAACAAAAAUUUACAUUCGUGAAGUACAUAGAAGUUGAUAGAAUUCUUUUUUUUUUCUUUCUGAAUUUUAAGAUUGUGAAAUGAAUUGUGCCUUCUCUUGCGAGACGAUAGUAACGAUACGUGUAAAAUUUUACGAGAUAUUAAAAUUCUUGGGAAGAAGAAACUAAUCAUUCGAGAAGAUCUAAAUUGAAACUCAAUCGAAACGAAAUUUAUAAUGCCAUGUAAAUAGAAGUGGUGAUUCGGAGGAUCAAUGUAAAAGAGAGAGAGAGAGGAAAAAAAACAACGUAUACAACAUACGUUACGAUACAUACGUUUUGUAAAAUUAUUCUAAUUGUAUCGUUCAUUUGUAAAUUUACAGACGCGUUUGAGCAGUUGUUGUGUGGGUUGAACACGUGUGACGUGUCUGCACGUAUAUUUGUAUAUACGUAUACCGUGUCCGUACAAUUAACCUUGAAUACGAGAGCGAGUGCAGUAGAGUCGGCAAAUUGAUUAAUCGAUCGGUUGAAACUUGAAGUAAACUGUAUUUGCGCGUAAAUUAAUCGAUUAAUUAAUUAGCUCGAGAACACUUCGGGAUUAAUUUGCUUCAGAGCGGAAGUGGAUGACUGCGAGAGUUAAAAUUUUAAUGUUACUAGAAUUCUAUCGUUAUAUUGGUAAUUAAAGACAAUCACUGUAGCUGCCAA